AUGACUACAAAGAAGCUGGUUCAAGUAGAUUGGGCGAAGUCAAAGACUUACUCCAAUCCAGAAGAAGAGUUGCCGUCGACCGAAAACCCUGCUUUUGCUCCGAAAAGCAAUUCAAUAUACUUUCAUGAUACUUCGCACUUUGGUGGUCUAACUCCACGACAAGCUUGUUCGGUAGAAUCAGCAGCCAGGGUACACCCUCGACAAGAUGUCUACGUACUAUUCAGCUCGCCAGUUGCCGAAGACACGCUGAAGGCAAGCUGCCUUGCGAAGCUCCGCGAAUUCUCUAACGUGAAGUUCCUGAGAAUCAACAUUUCUGAAUAUUCCAAAGGGACAGCCGUGCAGUCUAUACUAAACAAUUUAAAAGGAAGCAUAUUUCGUAUGCAGUACGCUGCAGAUAUGCUGAAAAUAUUGACGCUUUAUAAAUGGGGUGGUAUAUGUGUCGAAACUGACAUGAUUAUGAUAAACUCUUUGCAGAACUUGCCACCGAACUGGAUUGUGCAACAGUACGAUAUGUAUGUGGCGACUGGAAUUAUGUCAUUUGCCGCAAAUGAAGUUGGACGGAAUAUAACAAAAGCUAUACUUGAGUAA